AUGACGCUGCAAUACAUGCUCGGAAUUUUGGUGCUGACCGGAUGCUCUCUAAUACAAGUCUCAACAUUUCCUUCAAAUAAUGAAGCAACUUCUGUUGAAAACUCGACAGACGCUCAAGAAGAAAAAGAAGAAAGAUCUUUGACAUACGAUGAAACUAAUAUUGAAAAGGAUGAUACUAUGAAAGAUAUAAUAAAAAAGAUAAUGGCAAUCAACGAAGCUUUAAAGAAGCCCAACAAAAAACAACAUGUCCAGUGGAGUGCGCCACCACAAACUAGUGGUGGAUAUACCCUUGACAAAGAGACUUUAGAAAAACUACAGCAAGUAAUAGCUUCGGGCAAACUACAACCUUACUCCGAUAUGAAACAACAUGAAACAAAUGCUAUCAUUAACGAAGACUUAGGUGAUAUCAGGUAUUCGAGACAAAUCUCUCCUCUGAUGCCUGGAAAUCAAAUAAUGCCACCAAUGGCAUAUAUGACUAACAUGCCAGUAAUGGUUAUGCCAAGCACAAAUAAUAUGUAUAGUUAUAGGAAUUCUCUUGAAUAUGGACCACAAUAUCAAACAAGAGAGGGCCCAUUUGGUCAAUUUCCGUGGCCGUUUGCUCCAGUAUUCCCAAUUUUAAUUAGAGAUCCUUUGCUGAGUAUCCUUAACGGUGGUGGAUUCCAAAAUUUUAUAGAAGUCGGUCAAAGUGCUGACGUUUGUAAUAGAAAACAAAAAUCGGAAGACAGUGUCUAUUACAUAAACGAAAAUGAAGGUAUCGAAAAAACUGCAAACCGUUUACUCAAAUCUUCAAAGAAAGGAAAAUCUAGAGGAAAAAGGGCAAUAAAAAAACGUACUGUAAGUCUAGAAAACCAUGUGCUAGACACUAACAAGGCUAAUAAAUUCUUCUCUAUUAAACCUACAACCACAAAGCCAACUAAACCAGAGCAAUUAAAAAUUACUAAAACUGCUGAUGACAAUGAAGGAGAUUUUCGUUUUCCUUUCCUAUUUGGUCAUAAAGAAAAACAGCCUGGCCCCGGUUUAUUCAUAAACCGUUUAAAGGUUAGAAAAGGUGGUGUCGCUAUUGCCGGUCCGGGUGGCGUAGCAACUGCAGGCAGAGGAGGCACUGCAAUCGUGGGACCUGGCGGACUAGCAUAUACUCAACCAGGAGGGAUUGCUGUAGCUGGACCUGCUGCUCGAGUGAUAGCUAUAUCUCCAGAAGUCGAUCUAACAUCCAUUGCAAAUCGCCUGCAGCAACAAAGUACGAUCAAUGGUUCUGUAUCCCAAUUAUUACGAGCUAUACCUGAAGGAAAACUUGUUGCUACUGGUCCUGUUAUUUAUUUUCAUCCUAACAACCGAUAG